CAGACUGCUCUCUUCAACUUCCAAUCCCUCCUCCUCGUCAUCCUUCUCACAAUCUGCACCGCUACCUACGCGCACGCCACGUUCCCCACUUUCCUCGAUUCAAGAAAGGACUCGUACUACAUCAGCCCCGUGUGGAAGGCGGCCAGGAUAGGCGAGAGGCUGAGUCCGUACGUCAGUCUGGCGUGCGUAGUCAUGGCUGUAAGUCAAGGGCUCUCUUGA